CUUUAUUCGCUUUUGCUCUGGCACUUUUUCAUCCUGGGCGGCCACCGUAGGGGACGGUGGCAAGAUGGCAACCUUCGCUUUAGCGCGGGCGGUGAGAGCGGCCUCAGGAAUCUUACGGCCCAUGAAUAUUUUGGCAUCUUCAGCCUAUCAGAACGGUGCCAAGAAUGUCUGUCUUAAUUCUGUACAGUCCACUGCACAUUUUAGUCUUACUGGCACACCAGUUGUUUCUUCUGCUCGACCUGUCACAUCUGUCAGAAAUCUGACAUGUGGAUAUACUGCAACAAUCCUUAAUAGAGUGGCUCCCUCACUUCCCAACAUCCUGACAGUGCCAGUCAGAACUCUAACAUACUGCAGCACACAAAAAGGCAAGAGAAAGACUGUGAAAGCUGUUAUCUAUCGGUUUCUUCGACUUCAUUCUGGCCUUUGGCUAAGGAGAAGGUCAGGUUAUAAGAAAAAAUUAUGGAAAAAGACAGCUGCAAGAAAAAAACGCUUGAGGGAAAUUGUGUUCUGCAAUAAAACUCAGAGUAAACUCUUGGAUAAAAUGACGACGUCCUUCUGGAAGAGGAGAAACUGGUAUGUGGACGACCCAUAUCAGAAGUAUCACGAUCGAACAAACCUCAAAGUAUAGAUCAGAAAAUUUUAAAUGUUAUUGAAUCUGUAUUCUUGUGUACAUGAUGGCUUUGCAAAAAUGACUAGGUGUAAAACUUAAAUUUUACUAGCUGAUAUGUGAACAUACAGAUCUAAUGUUCAAUUUAUGAAAACACCGACUCAUUGGAUUAAACAUUCCCAGAUUUGGUUAAGGAACUACAAGUUUAAAGCUGUGUAUUAUUUUUAACCAACUG